CAGCUCUGCUUGAGAAGAGCAGCUGGAAUCCACUAUUAUCAACCCACCAGCAGAGCCUUCCUGUGCGCCCUUGCCAGGCCCCUUUCCUGCUGCGUGGAGUGGCUGCCCCUGUUCCUGGGGGUUUAUCAGCGGAAGCAGAGCGUCUCCAUCAACCGGAGGCCGUGCCGCUUAUCGCUGUACACUGUGGCACUGCAGGCUGGUGCUAGCGCUUUCAAAUGCCAUCAGCUCUGACCCACAGGAGUUUCAAUCAACUGCUGCACAAAGGUGUGGGAGCUUUGUUUCCUCUUUAACCACAAAGCAGGAGCAGAAAUGAAAACGUAAGAGAACUCUGAAAUGCCCAGCCUGGUCUGGGGGCUGCAAGACAGACGCUAAAACCCCUUAACGGCCACAAGACGAAGCUGCAAGAGCCCUGCAUGGUCCCUGGGAGAGGGGAGGUUUCACUGGGUCUGCAGCUCUCCUGCCCCUCAUUCCUGUUUCUGCGACAAGACGAUAUCUUCUCACUCUGCACUGCCAGAAAGCACCUGGAACCAGGGGGUGGGAAAAGACCUUGGAUCUCACACAGAGCCACUUGGGUGGAAGGAUGCCUGACACAAGAGGUCAGGAGUUCAGUUUACAAUGAACCAAAUUCAAACUGCAUCAAAUCCAACCACAUUUGUUAUUUCCAGGAAUAUUCUGGAGCAGGAAGGAGGCCCAAAUGAGUCACUCCAACCAUCAUGUAGCUCUGAUGAUGAAGUACGGCCCCAAUUGACUGUGGAUGAGGAUCUGCACGCCCCUCCCUGUCCUGUGUUUGGUGCUGGAGCUGAGGCUCUGCAUGGGCAACGCAUUCUCGUGCAUGUCGUGACAGCAGGGACAGCCCGGUGCUUCCGAGAGUUAAGGACUAACAGAAGGAAAUGCGUAGGCAGGGUGACUAACACUGCCUUUCUCACCGGGCUCCCAACAGAGCAGAGCACCGCUGGAUUCUGCACCGGGAUGGGGACCCUCGGGAUCCGGCGGCUGCCGUGCAGGCUUGUGCUGGGCUGCGCCUUCUGGGGCCUCUGCCUGGGCUCUCCAGACUACGAUGAUUACUCCCAGAACAGCACCUAUGAGCAGGUGACGACGCCAGAGAUCACACCGUGUCCCCGAGCCAUCCCUGGGGAAAAGGCGACCAUAAACAACGUCACAUACCUGCUGAUACAUGAGGCCAUUCAUUCUCAGCUGGGCAGCGUGGUCACCGUGCGGCUCAUCCCCUGCCUCUACACCCUCGUCUUCCUGGUGGGGCUGCCUUCCAACGGGCUGGCCCUGUGGGUCCUGGCCACCAGGGCUGAAAAGCUGACCUCCACGGUCUUCCUGAUGAACCUGGCCGUAGCAGACCUGCUGCUCAUCCUGGUGCUGCCCUUCAAGAUUUUCUACUACUUCCUGGGUAACAACUGGCCUUUUGGGGAAGGCCUGUGCCGGCUCACUACAGCUUUCUUCUACGGGAACAUGUACUGCUCGGUGCUGCUGCUCACCUGCAUCAGUGUCGACCGGUACCUGGCUGUGGUGCACCCUUUCUUUUCCCGCUCGUUCCGCACCCCUGCCUUCGCUGCCUGCACCUGCAGUGCCAUCUGGCUCUGCGCUGCCGCCCUCACCCUGCCCCUCACCCUGCAGCAGCAGUCGUAUCCCCUCUACCGAGCAGACAUCACUCUCUGCCACGACGUUCUCCCCAGGCAUGAGGAUGACGGGUAUUACUUCUACUACUUCAUCUGCCUGAUCGCCUGCGCUUUCCUUGUUCCUCUAGUGGUGAUGCUCUUCAGCUACUGCUCAGUCCUGCACACCCUCCUGGACAGCGGGAAGCGGUAUUCCUACUCUGUGAAGCUAACAGCUCUCGUGCUGUUCACGCUUGUGGCCUUCUACACACCCAGCAAUGUUCUCCUCCUUGUCCAUUACUCCAGCUACAACUCCAAGCUGUACGGCAACCUGUACAUCAGCUACAUGGUGAGCCUGGCCAUCAGCACCUUCAACAGCUGCGCCGAUCCCUUUGUCUACUACUAUGUUUCAGAAGAUUUUCGGGAUAAGGUGAGGAGGAGAUUCUUCAGUCACAGGAAACAAACCACCACAUCCUUAAAAACGUCCAAGGAAACCCUCCCUCAGAAAAGCUCCAAGGAGUCUCUGGUGUAAGCCUCCAUUCCCACUCCCUGCUCCCAGGGCACUUGCAGUGCACAGUGGGGAGGAGAGAAAGACAGCGCUGGGGUCUCACAAGUUUUACCCAGAGCAGGGAGCCAUAUCUCCCAGGAGACAAGUCCUUUCUCCUGUCUGCAUAGCUAAAACUGAACAGACCUAAGCCACGAGAUUCCUGGCGAGGUGUGGAGUCCAGACAGGACGUGGAGCGCUGAACAUGUAUUGAUCUGCUACUGGGAUUCUACAAGCAACUUCUCAGUUGGUCACUUACUGCCAGGAAUGCUCUUCCCAGCACACCUACAUCUGGUUUCCUAAUGCUCCUUGAAGCCUGAUCGCUCUCCGCACGCUCUCUCUUUCUCUGCUACUGACUUGCUCGCUGUCCUUGACCACGUAUUCCCUCCACCUACAACUGAAAAAGAACAGGCACUUGCAAAACUGAAUUUCUAAACAUUACAAAAGUUCUAGGAGGUACCUACGGCAAAGGUGCUCUCCUGAGCUAAAAUGUUCUGUCAGGAGAACACAGAGCCCUGGCUUUUCUAGACAAUACAUCCCAGGCUGGAUUAGGCAGCAACACCAGCCUAAGUUCAGCCCCUCGCUGGUGCCACGUGCAAAAAUCCCAGCCACUCAUCCCUGCUUUUGCCAAUGCCCCUGGCCAUCCACCAUCCUUUGGGGCAAAUGUUGUAUUAAUGGAUUUUCUGAAAAAAUUGUGUCUUUUGAAGGGAAAUAUUAAAGAAGGAAUUGAGAAACUCCAUUCUUCCUUUGUGUCGUGCCCCACACAACCAAGAGCUGUCUCUUUGGAAGCAGGCAACUGAGCUUGCUGUUUACGGGAACUUGUUGUAGAUUGGACAAACUGCAGCCGGCUCAUCUCUCCGUCACCGCCAGGGCAGGUCCCAGAAAGCAACAAGGUAGAAAAUGAGUGAUAAAACUCCUUAGAGCUCCUGGAUUCUUUAGUUUUGCUGGUACAGUCGUGACUUCUGUCCUCACCAUAACCUAUGAUCAAAACAAACAUACAGCCUACAGUGCGAAUAAGAGGCAGGCAAGAUUGUCUGAA